AUGUUAUUUCGCAGUUUUUUGCGUUUGCGAACGCGAGAAUUGUUGAUUCCUUCGCUUGUGCAGGCCAUGCAGCGGGAUCCUGUGUAUUUACGCAGCGCUCCUCCCUCUCUUUAUAUCACCUGCGAUACGCAACCUCUUGAAAAUAAGGCUACUCCUCCCCAACGCCAUCUUACACGUUUAUUAGACUAUGCCGACGAUACUCGUUCACUUCAAACGUUCGGUGUUUACGCUUUAACUACCACAACGAUGGAGGAUACAAAUUUUGAAAAUGAAAAAACGCUUUCGACGGUGCUUAUUGGGUUGCCAAAGGUGCGUAAUGAAGAAGACGCACGGCGUUUUGUGGAAAUGCACGAGAGUAGUUUGCGAGGGUUAGAUUAUAUCACACUGCCUGAUAUUCACUCCAGCUCGGGGUGUGCGUUAAAGGCGAUUCAACGCCGCUUUCCGAAGCUCCGAAUCGCAUGUGGAGCUUUUGCGAAAGCAUUUCUCACGGAUUCGACUUUUUUUGACGGCGUACGGAAGGCGAUUCGUGAGAACUCUCCCGAGGAGGUUUGUGAAGCCGCAAUGGUGUUUGCAGAGGUGGAUGAGGUUGGAAGUUGCGUGGAGUUAGUAGAUGGCCUUUUGCUUCCAUUAGGUGUGAAAGGAGAAGAAAGAAGUGAGGGAAAAGGCGGCCGACGUAGUUUACAAGUUUGCAGCGUUCCCUUGCAUCCUCUUCGUGAAGAGCGUUGGCUGCAAAAUCGCCGUCGGCAGAAUCACCCUCCGCAUUUCAAUGAGCAGCUUUUCUUUUUCUACGAUACUGUUUUUGAAGCAAUGCAUGUUGGAGCCUCCUCGGUAGGAUGGCUACCAUGGCUUGCGCAAAUCUUAACUGAAUCUCACGGGGAGAUGAUAUUUCCCCUUCCACCACUCAUGGCCGCUCAGCAUAACAAUGAAGAUCAUCUUUUGUUAGAAGUUUGGCGUGUGCAAGAGGCGGUGGAGUGCUUUACCAAAGCACUACACAAGGUUUCGUAUAUCCAACGUGUACUUUCCGCCGGAUACGGCGAGCUGCCAGGUGAUGCAGAAGAUAUUAUUACCUCACUUGAUAAUACCGCAUAUGAACUCGAAAAAAUACGAAAUCGCUUGGCAAAGCGCCUGACAACGGAUACCGGGCGCGAUAUUAGCAAAUGGAGUGAGUUGCUUUUGAGUAAAAUAUUGAAGGAGAUCGUUUGCGCGAAUAAAGAGGUGAGUGAAUCAACCUCGAACGAAGUCCACAGCGGCUUUCAACAAUGGGCAAUUAAUGAAGAUCUCGGCCGCCUCUGCCGAGCUCUCACGCGAGCAGCCCUGACCCUCCCUCACACAGAGAUUAAAGAACCAGAAAACGUCAAGAAGAUAGACGGUUUACCCGUUGAUCUUGAAAAAUCUAAGUCAUCCACAAGUGAAGCUAACAUAAGAAAUCAAAAAGAACUGGAAGGACCGCAAGGGGUGGUGUUACUGCAGUCGAUAUUUGAAAAAAAAGGUCUCCAAGGUCUUAACAAGGUUCUGAAAAAGGAAGAAAUUGACGUGCGUGUUUUCCUCGCUAUGAAACCCGAAGACUUUCGGCUCGUCUUUAAGACAACUUUUGGUCUCUCUAAGAGGCUCGAAAUUCUGCAGACUGAGCUAAAGCAGAAGAUCCCUUCCUCCAUAUUGUGA